UUAGAGAGUAGGCGUUUUCCGGUUGUCUUUUAGGAUUUCAUCUAAAAGAUGAUUCGAUUUAUUUUGAUUCAAAAUCGAGCGGGGAAAACAAGAUUAGCAAAAUGGUACAUGCAUUUUGAUGAUGAUGAAAAGCAGAAAUUGAUUGAAGAGGUACAUGCAGUUGUAACUGUGAGAGAUGCCAAGCAUACUAACUUUGUGGAGUUCAGAAAUUUUAAGAUUGUGUACCGCCGAUAUGCUGGGCUGUAUUUCUGUAUCUGUGUGGAUGUCAGUGACAAUAAUCUUAUGUACCUGGAAGCCAUCCAUAACUUUGUAGAGGUUCUCAAUGAAUACUUCCACAAUGUGUGUGAACUGGAUCUGGUUUUCAAUUUUUAUAAGGUAUAUAGUGUUGUGGAUGAAAUGUUUCUAGCUGGUGAAAUAAGGGAGACAAGUCAGACUAAGGUUCUUAAACAGUUGUUAAUGCUCUCCUCCUUAGAAUGAUCUGACAGAUAAACACGUGAUAGAGACAUAAUUGUGUUGUCAAUGUGUGUAAUGUGAAUUAGAAUUUAUAUAUGUUCACAUUCCAAACAAAUGUAGUUUGAAGGAAUAACUAUUGAAAGUAAUAAACCGAAUAACUACAAAUGUGCUCACCCACGUAGGACUGUGGGCUAAGUAACAUUACUACCAGUGUUUUCUUUACAGCUAAAAUUAGUAAUUUAAAUGUGAUUCUUUGUAGCAAUCAUUUACUUUUAUGGAAAAAAAUUAUGACUGUGUGUGUUACAUAAGAGGUUUAAAAGCAUAAUUGAUGUAAAAUCUGCAAGAGUACAUUGUUUAUGAUUUUUUUUUAAAUGAUUCAUUUUCAAAAGCAACAACUCUACCAUUUUAAAAUUUCCUGUAUUUGGAGGUGGAAUACCUUCCCCAUAAAGGAAUUGUGCAAUUUGUAAAUUAAAAAUGAAUAUAU